UUGCUGUUCCGUAAAACACCUCACAUAGUUAGGUAGAUUCAUCCAAAAAUGGCCAUUCAAGUUGCAGAUCCAGUAAUUGCUCCUGCAGCGGAGCCUAUAAACGAAAAAGCCCUCCUCAGCCCAGACACCACCAAGGCUGGCGAUGCGUCCUCAGAUAGACCCGCCAGUUCCAUCGAUUCAAAGUCCGUCGUAGAGCCUUCCGUACCAGCCGCCCCCGUUGGGCCUGCAAAGACACCACCUUCAAGCCCUCUACCGGGCUGCAAACCAUCCCCGCGCCCUGAACUCACAGCCGAGGAGCAGAUCAAGUACGAUGAAGUCCUUGCUACCGUCGCCGCAUGGACCGAGAUCCCCAACACUUCAGCCAAGAACGCGCCUACUGCGCCAAUUACAGAGAACGAGCAGCUUUGGCUGACGCGGGAAUGCAUCCUGCGAUACCUUCGAGCCACGAAAUGGCAGGUCCCCCAUACCUCAAAACGGCUCCUCGAAACUAUAGUCUGGCGACGCGAAUACGGAGUCGAGGGCUUCACAGCCGAGUACAUAUCCCCAGAGAAUGCUACCGGGAAGCAGGUCAUCUACGGGUACGACAACGAGGGACGUGCGUGUCUGUAUCUGAAUCCAAACAAGCAGAACACCAAGCAGAGCGAGCGGCAGGUUCAGCAUCUGGUGUACAUGCUCGAGAGAGUGAUUGAGCUCAAUCCUCCAGGACAAGAGACUCUGGCGCUGCUGAUCAACUUCAAAGAGAGCUCUGCCAGCAGCAACCCGAGCGUAGCAACAGGAAAGCAAGUCCUGAACAUCUUGCAAAAUCAUUACCCAGAGAGGCUAGGGAGAGCGCUCAUUUCCCACCUCCCCUGGUAUGUCACCGCCUUCUUCAAACUCAUCUCGCCUUUCAUCGACCCCCUUACCAAGACCAAAAUGAAAUUCAACGAGCCGCUUACCGACCACGUUCCGGCCACGCAACUUAUCAAGAACUCUGGUGGCGAGGUUGAUUUCACCUACGACCACGACGUUUACUGGCCGGCACUCAAUGCCAUUUGCGACCAGAAGCGCAAGGAGUACAAGGAGCGGUGGGUGAGCGCGGGGAAGAAGAUUGGCGAGAGCGAGGACUAUCUGAAAGGAGGCGAGGGGAGUGCACCUAUUACGGCUGUUGCCAUUCCUGCUCCUGCUCCUGCUGAGGAGGUAAAGGCAGAGGAGCCAGUCAAGCCAUAGAAUUCUGCGGGACUGUUUAGCACGUCGCUCAGGUUUUAGGUCUACGUCGUAUAUUUUUCCUUGAGCUAGCUUGGGCGUUUCAUUUAAUACCACUUCAUUUCUGGACCAUAGAUUCCGUCAGACUUUUAGGUACCAGUAGAUAUACGAUAAUAGAUAUGGUGAUUGCAAUAGC